AUGACACAAACGUCGAAGAGAAUGAAAGAAAUGAUUCAGAGAAAAGUCAAAACCACAAAGCCAAUUUUCAUCUCAAUUCGCCGAUCAGGAGAGACUAUUCGAAUCGAUGACUUCACUUACCAGAUCAUAAGAACCAGAGCCGCGCUUGAAAGACCACCAAACACCGAAUUAUCUAACCUUUAUGUGGACAACCCAUUUUCUAAUGUGUGGACUAGUCAGACGUCACAGUAUGGCGAUGAAUUGAGUGAAUUUAUUACAAACGUGCGCAAACUUUUUCCAAAUGCUCCAAUCGACUAUCUCUCAAUCAAUCUUAAUCGUGCUCAACCUCACGCUGAUUUGAUUGAUCUUGUGGUUCCACGACAACUCAGCAAAGUCAUUUGCUCAUUCCAUGGUUAUAAUAUUCUUAAUUCAAACUUGCUUGAAACGUUUUCUGUUUUGGAUUGCUGUGCAUUCAGAGCCUAUGGGCCGCCUUUUGAUCUAAAGGCAAUAAACUUACAAGCUGACUUCAAAAAUUCGAUGUAUGAAUUCAUGUUGGAUAAUGGCAUGUUUUAUGGUGAAAAUGAGAUCUUCUUGAUUAACGGGACACAAUUUACCAACAGAGACGCGAAUCUCUUAAUCGAAAGAUGGAAAAACGGGGGACUCGAAAGAUGUCGGGCCAUAAAAGUAAGGAACUUCCGAAAUUUCGACAUGAAUUUGGUGUCUAACGGUCUCAUUAACUGUGAAUGGAAUAGCUCGAUCAUGGAACGCUACUUCAGAACAUCUCAAGCUAUAUUAUACGAUUUGAAGGGACAUAUUAUUUUUUCAAAUGAUGAUGUUGCGACAGUCAGAUAUGUGGAAGAGGAUCAAAUGCUGUAUAUCAUUUUCUGGAAAGUUAAUGAUCUCCCGUUACGCUUUCCAAAUCUAAUUUAA